UGCCCAUAAAUAUGACCGUAAGAAAUAUAACAAAAUGUCACUAGAGCUUAGAUAAUGGUAGGGAAGUUAACUGUGACCUGUUUGAGACCGUGGCCUACAUUGUCAGCACUUGAACACUUAAUGUGUCAAAAUAAAAGUUUCAACAUUAUCAAUAAUGGCAGAUAUUUCAACAACAAUUCCACAAAAGUAAGAAAAUUUCAGUUAAAACGUCAAUGUUACGGAUUCUAUCCAGAUUUUAUAACUUAGAAAUCAUGAAUGUGAAAUGUAUUUAAUAAUAAACCCAUAAAUAUAGAUAAGGAAGGCUAGAUGACUCGAGGCGGAGUCACCGGCGGCCAUCUUACUCCAGUAUACCAUUCUAGUUCGCUCUAUGGUAGCUGACUGGAGGUGAGUAAUCUGCAUGAUCAAAAAUACUCUUAACUCGCUGAAAUCUUGACAGAUUUACAAAUGGUUUUGUUCAUCACAGACCUUGAUAACAUGGCUGUGAGUCGGAUGCUUGGACAUAUUGAAAUGGCAGCUUUUCUUUGAGAAAUUUAAAGACUUAAUCAUGAAGCACAGUUGUUGUUAGGGUAUUUUCUUUAGCCAGUCAGCUAAAGCUCCACCCCCUUAAGGGUGGUGGAGCUGUGUCACUCAAAUAUCCUGGAUACGCUGGUGCUAGAUCUCUGGAGCCAUGGGCCUCCAACAACCAUCCUCAACAAGGACCUUGUACCCAUGUUUAAUAUCACUCAGGCUCCCAAAAUAUGUUGUGCUUUGUUACUACCCUACAUGGACUCCCCUUCAGGUCAACAAGAUGCAAGCAGAAUGUUUGGUAACGUGGAUGGCUAUAUAUACUUGAACAGUCUCAGACCAAUUGUUGUUACACUUGUGAGUGGACGAGCGUCCCGUAGCAAAAUGGCCGCCGGCCUCCUUUGGCCAACAGCGUGCGUAAACCACCUAGCGUUUAUCUAUGGUCAGCACUUGCACACUUCAUCCGUAUCAGAAAAAUGGCAGAUAUUUCAACAAUAAUUCCACGAAAUCAAAAAAUUGGGAAAAAGGGAAAUGUUUCGGAUUCCAUCCAGACUUUAUUAAUUAAAAGUCAUGAAUGUAAAAUGCGUUUAACGAUGAACCACUCUGAACACUCGAUGUGAAAUGGCGCCCCCCCUUGGCUGCGCCCCUCAAGAAUCCGGAGCCGGAAGUGACGUUCGACACACAGCUCUAGGACCGCGUUGGGUAAGACGACUUUGUAGCUAAUAUUGUAGCUUUAAAAAUUACAAAAACUCAUCGGUGUUUAGUAUUCAAACCACAUCUAAAUUAACAUUUCACAUCAUUUACUCUUAUAUCUCAUAGUAGGUGGCGCUCUGGCGUCCGAAUUUGAGUUUUAUUCAUCAUCGUGAAGCCUGGCGUUAGCAUUAGCUCGCUAGCUUAACCGUCGUUAGCUGCAGUUACAGUGUUUGAAUUUCACAUAAAGGCCAGUGGAGCCAGCUGUUACACUCAGCUGUUUUUGAUGCACUUAGACUGUUUUACAAGUGACUUUGAUUUAAAAUAAAUCAUAGCGUUUUGUCUCAUCUUGGAUAGUGAAGCUUAAACGACCAUCUGUAAGAUUAAUGAUCGCUUUCUCCGCGGAAGUUACCGGUUUUAUUAGCUCAGCUGAUUACAUCCGACCACCUAACCAACGUUUACACACGACUUUCCGACUGUAUUCUUUGAAAUUAACCACGAUCAGCCUAAAUGCGAUAUUUAUUCGUGUUUGCGUGUCUAACCGAAGCUUCGUGUCUGAUCUUUUUGCAGAUGUCUGGUGAAAUCAGAGAUGAGCGGUGACAACAUAAAGUUGUUUGUGGGGAACCUUCCUUUAGAUGCAACUCAUGAAGAGCUCAACAAGCUCUUCGCGCCGUACGGAGAGAUCAACACCUGCUCUUUGCUCAGACAGUAUGCCUUCGUCACUCUGAAGGGAGAGGGAGCAGCUGACAGGUAUCCUCCUCUGCAUGAUCACGUUUACAUGAUAGUAAAGGGUGGUAUUUUUUCUCAGACAUGACAGAAUCAGAAUGACUUUAAUAUUCCCCAGGGGGAAAUUCCUUUUGGUACAGUAACUCCAGUGCAAAUAAAGUAGAGAGAGGAGAUAAAUGAUAGAUGAAGUACGUAGAAAUAAAGAGAUAAUAUACAAGUGUGUACACUAUAUACAACAUAAAGUAGUUUGCAUAUAAACAGCAAGCAGAGUCCAGGUAAAGACUGCUGACUGAGGGUGUCAGAGUCUCUGAAGGAGGAGUUUAAGGGCGUCAAAUUAAUUUAGGGUCAAACACACCGUAACACCAAGUUAGACACCCCCUAAGAAGAGAGUAGACACGAAGAGAGUAGGUGAGUUGUGUUUAGUCUCUUUGCGAAAGAAGUUAGGCAAAGUUAAAAAGAUGUUUGAUGGCUAGGACCCUAAUGCUGAUGAAGUUAGGUGCUGUUCAGAGCAUUAUUUGUGGCUAUAGAGUGGCGUUUUGCACGUGGAGACUUAGACCACUGUAUAUUGCUAUCGUGCAGUCGUUACUGAUUUUGUAUAACUAGAGAAGCAUGCGGUCAGCAACAUUCAUCUAUCGAGGGGGGUGUCUAACUCGGCCUUACGGUGUGUUUGACAAUAACUUAAAUUUACGACGGAAUAUCCCUUUUAACUUGGUCAAAACUAGUUGUUUUUUUCUAGGAAAAUAGAUGUAAUCAAACAUAAAAGUGAUCACAUUUAAUUUUUAUUUGUGUGUAUGAGCACAAACAUGAUACAUUUCAUUUAUAUGAUUUUAUUGUCCUUUUUAUCAUUUGCAAUAGAUAAAGCAGAAGUAAAACAAUGCGAUGUAACUUUUCUUUUUUAAAAGCAUGUAGCCCCAAUACAAUAUUUAUGAAACUCUAAAACUUCUUUAUUCUAAUCUGUCAUUAUACUUUUGUAUAAACAAAUGCAUGGUGUCCUUUUCUUUUACUCUAUAUAGAUGUAGAACAAAUGAACAUACUGUUAGUGAAAUAGAAAAACAAAUGUUAAAAAUGAUAUAGUUCAAUCAAACAAAAUAUUAGAGAUGUUCAUAAACUGGACACUUAUUACUUUUUUUAUCAUAGACGUUAAAAAAAUUAAAUUUUGCUCCUAUUUUCACAGGGCCAUACGGCAUCUUGAUGGUAAAGAGUACAGAGGAAGGCCCCUGGUAGUUGAGGAGUCGCGAGCACGCCCGCCCAACUCCACGAAAGUGUUUGUAGGGAAUCUCAGCGCAACAUGUUCAGCAGAUGACCUGCACGGGCUUUUCUCCACCUUUGGAAGAGUUCUUGACUGUGAUAAAGUCAAAGGUAAGUAGGAGCGCUUUCCACCAGCCUCUCUGUAAUAAUUGUGUGGUUUAACAGGAUAAAAUGCAGGAAUUAUGUUAAAAGGUCUGAUUUAUGGAUUACAUCAAAAGCAUAAGAUUAGCUUUUUAUGCUUAAAUACAGUAAAUAAAAAGUACCAAACCCUUCUUGGAAGUUACUCGGUCUAAUGGGUUUCCAUAGUUGGUAAUGCUUAAGAGUGAGUUACUAUUUUGGUAUUAAUGUUUCAUGCUAAUGCUGCUGUCUCUACCUCCUGUUCACUUGCAGCCAGAUUAUGCUCAAACGUUGGCUAUGCGUUUGUACACAUGGAGAGGAAGGAGGAGGCCAUGGCAGCUAUUGAGGCUCUCAAUGGGACCAUGUACAAGGGCCGUCAGUUGGCUGUGGAGCUGUCCAAAGCUCAGCCUUUGAUCAACCAGAUUGUAUCAAGCGGUAAUGAAAGAUAUCCCAGCAGUAAUUUCUUCAAGUGAAAUGCUAAAAACGGUUCAUGUUCACCAUCUAUAAUUAUAUUAUUUGUCCCUGCAGGCGGCAGGGAAGGGCUUCUUCCUCGACCACACCCAUCACUAGAGCAUCACCAGAGUCAAGCAGCUGUUCUUGCAGCUGCAGCAGCCGCUGCGGCCGGACUGCCCAUACAAGUAAGUGGAUUUAUUAGAAACCCUCAAGAUUUAUAUUCUUGUUUGGACACAGAUUUUAAAAAUUGUUAUCACCUGCCACCUCUGAAAUCUAUGUGAAACAAUUUAGAAAUGGUCAGAAUUAUCCAGUUUUACUUAACUUCAUGGUUAUGAAAUACAGUAUAACAGUAUUCUAAGUUUAUCACUUGAGAAAUAGCUUCCUGAACAUUAAUUACAGUGACAUUUGAAGUUAAAUGAAUGAAAUGUAUUUUGGUUAUACAUUACGUUAUGAUGACAAACCAUUACAAUUUGUUUGAAUCUAGAACUACCAAAAACAAAAUACAAAACAAAAUAUUAUCUAUGUUCUCUCUGAUUUCACACAAUCAUUUAAUCAAAAAAGGAGCAGGCUGAAGCCCAAAGGCAUAUUUAUACCUGUCUUAAACAAACUAUAAGAUAUCCUAGAAUAUCAGCAAACAGAAAAAAAAUUAAUGAAAAAUAAUAAAAAAAUAAAAUAUCUAUUACUCUAAAUUAUAGUCCCUAAUUAUUUUAUAUUUUAAAGCUUUUUUGAAAGUCAUCAUGGAGCUACACUAUUUUAUCAUUUCAUUGGGGGGGGAAUAUGUGUAUGUAUAUAUGUAUAAGUUUAUAUAUGUGUGUAUGUAUAUAUGUAUAAGUAUAUGUUUAUAUAUAUGUAUGUAUAUGUAUAUAUGUAUAUGUAUAUAUGUAUAAGUUUAUAUAUGUGUGUAUGUAUAUAUGUAUAAGUAUAUGUUUAUAUAUAUGUAUGUAUAUGUAUAUAUGUAUAUGUAUAUAUGUAUAUACACAUGUAUAUACACAUAUAUGUAUAUACAUAUAUGUAUAUACACAUAUUUUAUUUUACACAUAUUUUAUCAUUUCAUUGGGGGGGGAAUAUGUGUAUGUAUAUAUGUAUAAGUUUAUAUAUGUGUGUAUGUAUAUAUGUAUAAGUAUAUGUUUAUAUAUAUGUAUGUAUAUGUAUAUAUGUAUAAGUUUAUAUAUAUGUGUAUAUAUAUGUAUGUAUAUGUUUAUAUAUAUAUAUAUAUUAAUAUUUAUUUAUAUAUAUGUAUAUAUAUGUAUAUAUAUGUAUACAUAUGUAUGUAUAUAUAUGUAUAUAUGUAUAUAUAUGUAUACAUAUGUAUGUAUAUAUGUAUACAUAUGUAUAUAUAUAUAAGUAUAUACAUAUAUAUGUAUAUAUAUGUAUAUAUAUGUAUGUAUAUAUAUAUACAUAUAUAUAUACACAGAUAUAUAUACAUAUAUAUAUAUAUAUAUACAUAUAUAUAUAUAAAUAAAUAUAAAUAUAUAUAUAUAUAAACAUAUACAUACAUAUAUAUAUAUAUAUGUAUAUAUAUGUAUAUAUAUAUAUAUAUGUAUAUAUAUAUAUGUAUAUAUAUGUAUAUAUGUAUAUAUAUGUAUAUAUAUAUAUAUAUGUAUAUAUAUAUAUGUAUAUAUAUGUAUAUAUGUAUAUAUAUGUAUAUAUAUAUAUAUGUAUAUGUAUAUAUAUAUGUAUAUAUAUAUAUAUGUAUAUAUAUGUAUAUGUAUAUAUAUGUAUAUGUAUAUAUAUAUGUAUAUAUAUAAACGCUUCGAUAGACAAAGCAUUUUGGAUACAUGGCAGGGCAGGAGUGUUGCUUUGUUCUUCUCCUCUCCCUCAUUUGAAUAAAACCAUCCAUUUUAAGAAAACAGUGACAUGCUGUUAACAAAAUCAAACCCUGUGGAACACCAGGAGCAUAUAUAUUUCAGUUUUUACAGUCAUGAUGGAUGACAUAUCUUUAUAGGAGUGAAUCCCCUUCCAAAGAAACCGUCCUCUUGCAGUGCUAUGUUUUUACUGAAGCACAAAAUGGAUAAACUGGCAUCCUAGGCGUCUUUGUAUUUUGCAAGUGGCUGCUCAAAAUGCACCAGCUAGAAGAGGAAGAAGAUGAAAAAGGCUGUGGAUGAGGAAAUAAUUUAUAAUGAUAAAUAAUACUGAUGGGAGAAACUGGACCAGUGAAGGAUUAGGCCUAUAUAUCAGGGGAGCUAGAAGGCCAACAGUCCUCCACCAACACAGGAAUGAGCAGGGCAGAGUUAGAGUUCAGAAUCAAACUGCUAUAUAUCACAAGAUAUUCUCAUAUUUACGCACCAUAUUUUAAGACACCCUCAGACUUAAAAGGCGUGUGUGUGUGUUUGUAUAAGUCAGGUUUGAAUGUAUAGAAAAUGUGUAAACUGUCUCUGUCUCAUUAUUUUUGUAGGUCCAACAGAGCGUUCAUAACUCUUUCUACAACACCACAUCCUUCGAUCCCACCUAUGCUGCUCUGAAGGGUAUAACAAGCUCGAAAGGUGCCGAUGGAGUGAUCUAUGGCGCUCUCGCCAGCCAAGUGUACGGAUCUGUUGCUGAUCAGGUCUACCACGAUAUAGCCAAUCACAACCCUGGACCUGGUACCGCCCCCGAAGAAGUAGAACCACAGACAACCCCAGACCCAACGACUCUUUUUGAAGCAGCAAGAGCCAAGUUCUUUCAGGAAGGACAGAAGGUCCGUAAAAAUCCUUUUUAUUAUUGUUAUUAUUUAUUUGAAUCUACAUUUGUUCUCAAAUAUUUUAUGGCGCAUUUUCCACGUACAGGUUUUGGCAGAGCAGCAGGCCGGGAAGAAGGCAGCAGCCCCUACGGAAAGCGAGCGGGAUCGCAGCCCAAUCAGAGGAAACCGAGCUCCCCUCCUACCUGACCCAGUUCCAAGUUCUUUUGCUCAGAUACGACCUAAACGCCGCGCCCUACUGCCCACGCCGCCAGGAGGGCCUGAAGAGUCUGCAGCCGCAACUACAACACCUGAAGGGUCAGAUCCUGUAGCGAGGUACCCGCUACAUUUUUACUAUAUGAUCAGCUGAUGGCUUUGAGUUGGGUGAGGGGUUUCUGGGACGGUUGAUCACCAUGUUGAAGCAUGUAGGACCCUGUAGGCUGAAGUUGACUCUCACUUGUUAGGAACAGGGUGUCAGGUUUGACGUUUCAUCUAUAGAAGGAAGCUCUGAUGACUGUCGCUCUUUGGAUUUUCUCAAAAAAAUAAAAGAGAAUCAACUGUGUGGUCCAGGUCAAUAAAAAAAAAAAGGUUAUAUUCGCAACUUUCCAGAUUUAUGUAUCUGGAAAGUAUUUUACAACGAGGCUCCAGGACAUGAAGGAGCUGUUUGAAACCUUCUGAAUAUCUUUCCAUAUGAAGAAUGCUUUAGCAUCUGUUAUCACCACUGAGCGCGUGGAGUUAUUAGCAAGCGGUGCAUGGAAGAAACUUGCGAUACUUUGCUCACCACUUUUGGAGCUGCCGGCGAAGCCGAACUGGAAGCAGGGGAGGCGGAGGUGCUAGCAGAACCCCUCCACGACAACACCGUGGCACCGAGUUAUCAGGUUAGUCGUACUGCCAGUGUAUUUCACAGCAGCGUGGUACCUUUAGGAAAUCUUUCUUGUCAAGUCGUCCGUCUUUCUUGUAAAACUCGUAGUGUUGCCAAACUUUAGAUUUACAACUCGGAGGAGGGUAAAUUUGCUCAGGGUCGACAUAUUUGUUUACCUCACUCCUCGCGAUCCUGCUCAUCGCUAAUAAAUAUCCCUGCACAUAGAGUGCAUCUGCUGUGCUGAUACUUUGUAGUGUACAUCUGCGAGUCUGAAGAAAUUAUGGUUUGGUGCAGUAAAAAGAUAAGUGAUGUAUUAAACGGAUCAGAUUGUAUCGAUACAAACAUAUAAUAACGAUGCGUCUCGAUAUGCGUUCAAAACUGCAUUCACUCUCAACUGCUCAACCGGUGCACCCACAUCUCUCACCCACGUGACCGUGUAUCGAUACAUAUCGGUUUAUCUUCUCAUCCUUAGGCCUUGUAGAUCUGGAACUCAUCAUACUCUGGGAUAAGAAGGAGCUAAUUCAAAUAUUUAUGGUCCUUAAAGGGAUAUUCCAGUGUAUAAUUAAGUUAGAGUAAAACACUCCGUAGCACCAAGUUAGACACCCCAUCAAGAGAUGAAUGUUGCCGACUGCUUUCUUCUCUAGUUAUACCAACUUGAGUGACAACCACACGAUAGCAAUACACAGAACCAUGCACAAACCUCAAACAAAACACCACUCUGUAGCCACAAAUAAUGCUCAGAACAGCACCUAACUUCAUCAACAGUACAUAUAGGGUCCCAGCCAUAGUACUAGCCAUCAAACAUCUUUUUAGCUUUGACUAAUUUCUUUAGCAAAGAGACUUAACACAACUCACCCACUCUCUUCCAGCAGCAGCUUGUUUGUACGGAGACCUUGGGCGAGUCCAUCGAUUGUAUCGACAAGGAGAGGCAGAGCGGAGUUUUACAGCUCAAGGAAGAACAUUUAUGAUCAUUUCCUCAGAAAAAUGCAGUCAGACCGAGAAGCUAAGUCAGAAUAACUACAGCGUCUGCAGUGCAAAAUGAUUAAUAUGGCGAUUAUUACUUCAAGGAAAUGAUAAAGAAAUGAUCAUAAAUGUUCUUCCUUGAGCUGCGUCACCCCGCUGCAGUCGAUGGACUUGCCCAAGGUCUUGCUACAAACAAGCGGCUGCUUGUGGCUAUAGAGUGGCGUUUUGGUUGAGGUUUGCUCAUGGAGACGUAGACCGCUGUGUAUUUCUAUCAUGCGGUCGUCACUUAAGUUGGUAUAACUAGAGAAGCAAGCAGUCACCAACAUUCAUCUGUGGAGGGGGUGUCUUAAUUCGGUUUUACAAUUUCUUUAACCCUAACUUAAUUUUACGCCGGAAUAUCCCUUUAACGUUCACAGAAGUUAGAGAUGAGAGUAAGAAGGUUGGCAGCUCAAAGUUUCAUGUCUUGAUCAUGGUAAUUACACUCCAGUAUAAAUUCGAUGGUCAGACUAACAUUCGCUUCUUCUUUUCUUUUUCUCUGUGAUCUCCACUGCAGGUCUUACUCAGAAUACUACCAGCAAAUGCAUCAGUAUCAGCAGUAUCAACAGUACCAGCAACAGUACCAGUACCUCCAGUAUGCCUACACCAACCCGCCCCCUCCGCCCCCACCUCCUCCUCCCCAGCCCGCCAGCACACAGCCACAGGCCUCCACCACAGCCCCACCGCCCCCUGGGACAUACUCUGCACCCCCAACCUAUGCCCCAUCAGGCUCUUAUGCACCACCGCCGGGGACGUACGACGCUUCGGGAGGGUACGACACCUCAUCCGGGAGCUACAACACGUCUUCCGGGAACUACGACGCCUCGUCAGGAAGCUACGACACAUCCGGAGGCUACGGGGCAGCCGGAGCAUAUGAUUCAUCGGGAGCUUAUGCAGCAGCAGGAAGCUACUCCGCAUCCACACCGUAUGAGCAGACACCCGCACACGGGCAACCCAUGCCCCAGCGCCAUGAUUAUCCUUACCACACGCCAGAACCUCCUUAUCGAUAGUCCCACCCCACCCCCCAACACUUCUUUCACACUGCAGAUGCGUGUGAGUGUGCGUGCGUGUGUGUGUAUGCGCGUGCGUGCGUGUGUAUUUACAAAAGGGACAGUCUAAGAGGAAAAUCGAACAGGGAGCGAGGUUGUAAAUUGAUAACGCUUUCAAACGUGAAGCUUCUCUUUCUCGAUCGUAACGGAGUCUCCAACCAACUCUCAUGUCGGCUGUUGGCUGUUGAGUUGAGUGGUCGUUUAAAGGUGAACCGGGUCUUUGGACACAUAGGCUGAAGUUGGGGACAUCUGUAACAGCUUGGUCCUUGUUGAAUGUUAAAGUUAAACCAGUGAAGAACCAGGAACGCUACAUCCCCGCUCUUUUUUUUUUCAUUUUACAUAAAAACAUCCUGAAUACAUAGAACUGCCGGCCUUUCGUUGAUCUUACCCUGCUUUGACUCAGGUCUGUAUAGGAGGACAUGUCUCUGUUAUUCAUAAAUGCUAGAGAAUAAACAUCCAGACCCACUCAGUGGUGUUGGACCAGGAUCACCCUUCUUUUUGGAUUCAGCCUCUUUAUCUGUCCUCAUGGGUCAUACUUUGUAAAGCAGAUCUGCAGCUAAACCAGGUUGAAGCCGUCGUUGUUUCCUGGCUUGUGAGUGUGUGUCACUGAGCUGACAGCUUCAACUAUUUAUACUUCAAGUAGAGAUCAGUUUAAUACCCAAGCGUGCGUUUAAGCAGCAGGGUUAAAUUUUUGAGUUGAUGUCGGAGCAUUUUGGAAGAAAUAAAAAUAAGUGACUUCGAUGUUUGUGAAGAGAUUUGACCUAAAAGUUUCUAAUCUCAGAAAAAAAUGUCACCCUGCCAAAGAUCUGUGUUCGCCCGUAGAGCUUUCGAACAGAGCCUUCGAGGUCAUUUUGUAGUUUUUCACUUUCUACUUCAGUUUCAGGAGUUUCCCUUUUUUCUGAGAGGAAAUAUCUCUCGUCAAGUUCCGGUUAUUGAACUGAAGUUUGUCUUCUUUUUGACUGAAGUGUUGUUUUCGGUUCAGCGCAUCAAAUCUAGAUGAUGUUCAACAACGUGGGUGUAUUCGCUACUUUAAUAUACGGUUAAUUCUGUCACUUUCUGUCCGGUCUCAUCUUUGCUCUGACUGGUAUUAAAAGGAUACGAUCGGCUCGUUUUCAUACUGAAAAUUGCUACUUGUGUAAAUACUUGAAAUCAGAUUUUUAAAUGAGGAAAUAAUCUCGCCAAAAUUUGGUCACACGAGUAAAAAAUAGCGACUGUCAAAGCUAAGAUGAAGUGAUUGUAUUUCUCUUCCAGCUGUCUGAGAAAGUGACUCGAGGAGACGAAACAGGACGGAUGGGAUGUCUGGAGGAUAAGAGGUGGUCUGUUUGUGUGGCGUUGACUGACAGGAUAAGCAUCGUACUUGGUGGGCGAAUGUAGAACGCCGCAAAGUGGAAGACGGCUGAUGUUUUGUGGUGCAGGUUUAGGAAGUGAAACAUGAACAGUGAUUCACGGUUUGAGUCGAGCCUCAGGUAUGUGUAUUUUUCUUUGGAAAUAAUGCGCCGCUGAUGUUUGGAGGGCCGUUGACGCGUGGUGUGGGUGUGAGGUGACAGUCUUGGUGCUGCAGGUGAACAUAUAAAGGUUGUUUAGAAUCCAGCAAAGGCCACUGAGGUUCCUGAGCAGCAGUAAGAAGGCCCACGACCUUUCCUUUUCCCCCUAUCUCACCAGAAACACACACACACACACACACACACCUAAAUUUGACAGUUUGGCUUUCUCUGCAUUCACACAACAUCAUGACAACACCACUCUUACAUCUAAUCCAAAUACACACCUGGUCUUACCUGUACUUUAUAUAACUUGUACUAUCUGUUGGUCCGUGAUUGUACCACACACACACACACUAGUUACUCAUCUUAUUUCUUCUUCUUCUUCUUCUCCACUUGAGUUGGUAGUGACACACAGCCUCUCUAAAUUUCUGCAUUAUUCCACCUUCUUCCAUGUGAACUGUUAGUUGCAUGCCUUGUUGUUGCUGCUGCUCCAGCCACCUUCUUCCUCUUGCUGAUUAUUACAGCUAGAGUGGGAGGGAGCCAAACUGAGCCCUUGCCCUGGACGUACGCCACACGCAGCUCUAGCGUGGGAUGGGGAAAACAGCAGCGUUAGGCCUGAAAAUGCUGUGGACGAUGGGGUGUCCCCCUACUAAGGUAAACACUCAGACCACACACUCCUGCCCCUCCCCGAAACAUGCGUACAAACAAACACACACUCAAACAUUCACACAGAUAAACCUGUGUCCAUACAUCCUGUUCCUUACCUCUCGUUGGAAUAUUCUGAUCAGGAUUUCAAUAUUUUUGCAAAUGGAUUCGUCCGUCUUUUCUUUUUUUUUUUCUUGACCUUUUGCCUGAUUUUAUCCCCCCCGUUUUUCCCCCUCCAAGUUAUCCCGCUCAUACAUUCCUGCUCACAAACACAAGAUGGAGACAUCUUUUAGUCUAAAUCUGAACCCUCCUCUCUGAAGCAGUCAUGAUGUUGUUAGUACCUCCAGUACCUAACAGCCCGUCAUUCAAGAGUACCAGGCAGUCACAGCCAGAGCUGGAAAUGGGACAUUUAGCUAGGAUGGGUUGUUUUAGUUUUUGUUAAUGUGCCCUCGGGGGCCACUUUGGGGUUAAGUGCCUUGCUUAAGAGCACAUCGGUAGGCCCUUCAUUUCAGAGUUGAAUAACCUGGCUCAGGAUCGGUUGCUGGUUCAACGCUCGACUCCCCCCCUGACCCUCAAACGACGAUUUUUGAUGCCACAUUCAACUUGUUUGAAUGACAAUGAAAAACAAAUAUUACAUUUUGUUUUAAAUGACAUUUUGUCCUUUUGUUCAUUAAAAUGUUUAAUUAUCAAUAAAUGAAUUUCAACUGA